ACCCACACACUCCACACAACAGAAUGCAGUUACAACACACCACUCGGCAUGUCGACCGAUGAGAUCCAUGACUCCCAGUUAUCCUCAUCUUCGAACUAUCCCCACAACUGGGACAAAGGUUGUCAUCUCAAAUUCGCAAGAAUUUAUCAGGCGAACGGUUUGGCUUGGUGCGCUAAGUACAAAUCAUCCUCUGAAUGGCUGCAAAUUGAUUUGGGGGUGCCCGCCAAAGUAAUUAUUUUUACAAUUACGUUUUAA